UGUGAAACAGCAGAGUUUGAUCAUGUUGGUCAUUCAGAGAAAUAUGAUUGAGUAUCUUCACAGUGUUGAUGGAUGAGAUCUCAGUGUGCAGUGAAUGCAGUGAGUUGUUUCUCUGUCUCAUCAGUCUGAAUCAGAUCUCCGCUGUGUUGCCGGACGAGCCAGAGUUUCUGCGUCACGUGACACAGCUGGAUGUGAGAGACAACUGUCUGAGUGAGCUGGACGCGUCUGUCUUCCCUCGGCUGGAGGUGCUGCACUGUCAGAGGAACCGCAUCAGGCGUCUGCGUCUGCGUGGCUGCGCGCUCAAGGCUCUCUACGCCUCCAGCAAUGAGCUGCAAGAGCUGCACAUGAGUCCUGCGGCCUCCAGCCUCACAUACCUGGACAUCUCCAGGAACUGCAUGAAGGCUCUUCCUGAUUGGCUGAGUGACAGCAGGAAGCUGGAGGUUCUAGACGUCAGUCACAAUCACAUCGCUGAGCUUCCUCCGUGGCUGCUGUGCAGUGUGAGUCUGAGGAAGAUCCUGGCGGGUCAUAACCAGCUGAAGCGUCUGCCGGAGCGUGUGGAGCGUCCAGCGGUGGAGGUGCUAGACCUGCAGCACAAUCAGCUCACAGAGCUUCCCUGCAACCUCUUCCUCAAAUCAGAGAGUUUGCGGUGUCUGAACGCAUCAGCUAAUAAGCUGGAGAAUCUGCCGCCGUCCAGCCUUUCAGAGGAGAGCAGCAGCGUCCUGCAGGAGCUGUACCUGACCAACAACCACCUGACCGACAGGUGUGUGCCGCAGCUGACCGGACACACACACCUGAGGAUCCUGCACAUGGCCUACAAUCACCUGCAGACCUUCCCAGCCAGUAAAAUGGCCAAGCUGGAGGAACUGGAGGAGCUGGACCUGAGUGGGAACAGGCUGAAGGCGGUGCCCACCACCAUCAUGAACUGCAGACGCAUGCACACACUAGCAGCUCACUCCAACUGCAUCGGGGUGUUCCCAGAAGUCCUGCAGCUCACCGAGAUGAAGUGUGUGGAUCUGAGCUGUAACGAGCUGCGUGAGAUCACCUUACCUGACAGUCUACCUCCUAAACUCCAAGAGCUGGAUCUGACGGGAAACCUGCGUCUGAAUCUGGACCACAAGACCCUCGAGCAGCUCAAUAACAUCCGCUGUUUCCGGAUCGACCCGCCCCCUUCCUCGUUCUCAGCCAAUGAGGCGGCAGGAGGGCCGGCUGUCUGGAGUCACGGCUACACCGAAGCCUCAGGCGUCAAAAACAAACUGUGUGUGGCGGCGCUGUCGGUGAACAGCUUCUGCGGCAGCAGAGAGGCUCUGUACGGCGUGUUUGACGGAGACAGGAACGUGGAGGUGCCGUAUUUACUGCAGUGCACCAUGAACGACAUACUGGCCGAGGAGCUGCAGAGGACCAAGAGCGAGGAAGACUACAUGACCAACACCUUCCUCGUCAUGCAGAGGAAGUUGGGCACAGCAGGGCAGAAGCUGGGCGGUUCGGCGGCGCUCUGUCACAUCCGGCACGACCCCACUGACCCCGCCGGCUGCUUCACCCUCACCGCCGCUAAUGUGGGCAAGUGUCAGGCGGUGCUGUGCCGCGACGGCAAGGCGCUUCCGCUGUCACUGCUGCACAACAUCAGCAUUAAAGAGGAACACAACCGCGUGCAGCAGCAUAAAGCCAUCAUCACUGAGGACAACAAAGUGAACGGCAUAACAGACUCCACACGCAUCAUGGGCUAUUCGUUCCUCUACCCCGCAGUCUUGCCGUGUCCGUACGUCACCACGCUCCCGCUGACCCCCAGAGACGAGUUCUUCAUCCUGGGCAGCAGAGGUCUGUUUGAAGUCUUGGACCCCAGCGAGGCGGUGGAAGCCGUACGGAAGGUUCCCGACGCGCUGGCGGCCGCUAAGAAGCUGUGCACGCUGGCGCAAUCAUACGGCUGCACCGAUAGCCUCAGCGCCGUGGUGGUGCAGCUCAAUGUGGCUGAAGACUGUUGUUGUUGCUGCUGUGCGGCGUCUGCUGAGCCCGGCUCCGGAAGCAUGCAUGCACCGCCGCAGCCCCCGCCGAGCCCCAGCCUGUACCCGGCCUCCUGCAGCGAGAUCAGCUCCGAGGUCAGUGCUUCCGAGAUGAGCUCCGAAGUGGGAUCCACCGCGUCCUCAGACGAGCCGCAGCUCCUGCUGCAGGAGGCGCAGCUCCACCUUCAUCCGCCGCAGCUGCAGCUGAACCCGCGCCUCCCCUGCUGCACGCUCCACCUCGCUCCCAACUCCGGAAGCUCCUUCCAGAGGCAGCUUUCCAGCGCCACCUUCUCCAGCGCGCUCUCAGACAAUGGCUUGGACAGCGAGGACGAGGAGCCCAUCGCCGGCGUCUUCUCCAACGGCAGUCAGGUGGAAGUGGAAGCCGAUGUCCACUGUCUGCUGCCUCCACCUCCUCCACCCUGCACCCCGGAGAAGCUUCCGGAGGAGGCCGGGAAUCCCGUGGGAGCUGACGCUUGGAGCAAGACCUUGGGGAAGCGAAGGGGAAACGGCUCGGUGGCGCCGCAGGAGCAGAGCCACAACCUGAUUGAGCUGGCGGCUGAAGCUCCUUCAAAGAAACUUGGGGGUUACUUCACGGCGCCCUCUCAACCCGACCCCGACGACCAGUUCAUCAUCCCUCCGGAGCUGGAGGAGGAGGUGAAGGAGAUCAUGAAACAACAUCAGCAGGACAAGAGCGAGCGACCUGCGGACUGCUACGACACGCCGCUCUGAAGCAGGCGCUGCAUUCUGUCG